AUGCCAUGCUUUUAUCUGAUAAUGAACAUUUCAGCAAUGACUAAACAGUAUGAUAUUCUGGUCAAAUUAAUGAUUCUGGGAGAUUCAGGAGUUGGCAAAACGUGUUUGUUGCGAAGAUUCACUGAGAAGGAAUAUCAUCCUUACCAUAUUUCAACAAUCGGGGUCGAUUUUAAAAUGAAGACAUUAGACAUAGAUGGAGUCAAAGUCAGAGUACAGAUCUGGGACACUGCAGGUCAAGAACGUUAUCAGAGCAUAACUAAACAGUACUACAGACGGGCCCAAGGCAUUAUCCUUGUGUACGACAUAACAAAUGAGCCAUCUUUUCACCACAUCAUGAGUUGGGCGGGGGAUGUGGAUGAGAAUGCUCCUGAUCACAUUCAGAGGAUCCUAGUGGGGAACAAGUCUGACAUGGAAGCACAAAGGUGUGUCUCUGAGGAGAAAGGAAAAGAGCUUGCAGCUUUCUAUGGAUUAGACUUCUUUGAGACCAGCGCCUGCACCAACCAAAACAUCAGCGAGCCGUUCACUCGCCUGACGAAACUGGUCCUACAGGCUCACAGUAGACACGUUGACCGCGUUCUGGAACCCCUAGACCGCUUCCUGGAUGGGUCCUCUCUUGAGGAGGAGAAGGGCCCUCAGGCCAUUCACGAAAACACACAGGAUACCUGCUCGUGUUAGUGUGAGGGCUGUAGUGGUUUGUUUACAUCUUGAGACCUUUUUACCCAUCAGCUGUGGGUAAAUGCUGCUGUUUACCAUGGAAUCCGGUGGGUUGGAGGUCCGUUCAAUUCUAUUCUUUUUUUUAGUUUACUCUUACUUUGGUUUUAAAAUACGUUUUGCAUAUUUAUUGUGUCACCAUGUUGCUUGUUUGCCAGAUUUGCGUCUGCUUAUCUUCCACUUCAAUACUAAGGUAACUAGGCCUCUUCUGGGAAAAGAAUGGAGCCAAUGGGACCGGUUGAAUUAUUCACACAGUGAAACUUAAAACCAUAGUAGUAUGGAUGUAUUUCCAACGUAGGAUUAUAGCCUGGUUGGGGAAUGUGUCAAGCGUAAACAAGAUUGUGUUCAUUGUGUCAUUGUGUAUUUGUAGUGGGAGAUCUUUCGGUCCUGGUUAUUGGUUGGAAAUUAUCCUUUUAAUUCUCAUUGUUUGCAAGUUCAUUUAAGAAUUACAUUUUUACCUUUUGCAUCGUGUCUGUGUAGUUGCCACAUCAUUGUACAUUUAAAGGUUUAUGUUAUAGGAAUCGUAGCUUCUCUAUGAAAAGCCUUUAUGUAUGGGAUACAGUGAAUUGUUCAAAUUUUUGCUUGAAUUGUAAAGACAUUGCCUUGCUGUUUUGUAAAGUGCAGAGUCUCUAAACAGGCACUUCCUCCAGAAGAGGCAUUUAGAGCAGCUCUAGGGUUAUUCAGUAGAUUCAUCCAUUUUUCAUCACAAGCUGUGGUGAAGCCCUUGGUGAAGAAUUGUACUCUUCAAUGUUUGAUGACCAUGAAACUGAUAUAGCUUAUGGAAUUGCUAUGUUAGAAAAAUGUACUCCUUUGGUAAUUUUAAGUUUAUUUAUACAAAAGAUCUAUUUGAUAAUGAGUUUAUAAUGUCACUAAAGUGUAUCUGAACUGUACUUUUGUACAUUUUACAAAUAAAUUAGAGGAUUCGUU